AAGGAGGAAAGCAGCUCCUGCCUCCCGCGAUGCGGCUCCUCCCGAAGCGGAGGAGGGAGGCUGAGCAUCGAGCAUCACAUCCCCGCCUUGCAAUGCGCACUGCACUGUGGGCUCAACAUGGCAGCGCCCGCGCCCUCUCCACUCCCGUGACAGCAGCAGCAGAAGCAGCCUGAUCUCUUUAUCUAUCCAUCCAUCUUCCUUCCUUCUCUUUCUUUCCCUUUCUCUCCCCUUCUCCUUCUUUCUUUCCCCCAACCAUGGAGAAGAGCUCCAGCUGCGAGAGCCUGGCCUCCAAGCCGGCGCAACCCUCCGCCACCCGACAGCCCAGCAUCGACUCGCUCUCCAGCGCUUCCACCUCUCAUUCAGAGCACUCAACCCAUACAAGAUCUGCUUCAGACUCUAUCUCCACCUCUACAGAAAACUUUUCUCCGGAUUUAAGGGUCCUCCGAGAAUCUAAUAAAUUGGCCGAAAUGGAAGAGCCCCCUUUGCUACCAGGAGAAAACAUAAAGGACAUGGCAAAAGAUGUUACUCAUAUCUGCCCAUUUACUGGUGCUAUUAGAGGAACCCUGACAGUCACAAAUUACAGACUAUAUUUUAAAAGCAUGGAAAGGGACCCUCCUUUUGUUCUCGAUGCACCCCUAGGAGUGAUCAACAGAGUUGAGAAAAUUGGAGGAGCAUCUAGCCGUGGGGAAAAUUCAUAUGGUUUGGAGAUUGUGUGCAAGGAUGUCCGGAACCUACGUUUUGCACAUAGGCCUGAGGGGCGCACAAGAAGAGCCAUAUUUGAGAACUUGACAAAAUAUGCAUUUCCAGUGUCAAACCAUUUAUCUCUUUUUGCAUUUGAAUACAAAGAGGUUUUCCCAGAAAAUGGUUGGAAGGUUUAUGAUCCUGUUUUGGAGUACAGAAGACAGGGCAUUCCUAAUGAAAGCUGGAGAAUGACCAAGGUCAAUGAGCAAUAUGAGCUUUGCGAUACCUACCCUGCCUUUCUUGUAGUUCCUGCUAAUAUUCCAGAUGAGGAAUUGAAGAGAGUGGCUGCUUUCCGAACUAGAGGGCGCAUACCAGUCUUGUCCUGGAUUCACCCGGAGAGCCAAGCCACCAUCACUCGCUGCAGCCAGCCCAUGGUUGGAAUGAGCGGCAAACGGAGCAAAGAAGAUGAGAAAUAUUUGCAGUCCAUCAUGGACUCCAAUGCCCAGUCCCACAAGAUAUUCAUCUUUGAUGCCAGGCCAAGUGUAAAUGCCGUCGCUAACAAGGCUAAAGGAGGAGGUUAUGAAAGUGAGGAUGCCUAUCAGAAUAUAGAGCUGGUCUUUCUGGACAUCCAUAAUAUUCACGUCAUGAGAGAGUCAUUGAGGAAACUAAAGGAGAUUGUAUAUCCCAAUAUAGAAGAGACUCACUGGCUGUCUAAUUUGGAGUCAACACACUGGCUAGAACAUAUCAAGCUGAUUCUUGCUGGUGCUCUCCGGAUAGCCGACAAAGUGGAAUCAGGGAAGACCUCUGUGGUGGUGCAUUGCAGCGACGGCUGGGAUCGGACCGGCCAGCUCACCUCUCUUGCCAUGAUCAUGCUGGACGGCUACUACCGGACUAUCCAAGGCUUCGAGGUGCUGGUGGAGAAGGAAUGGCUGAGCUUUGGGCACAGGUUUCAACUGAGAGUGGGCCAUGGGGAUAAGAAUCAUGCAGAUGCAGACCGGUCCCCUGUUUUUCUCCAGUUUGUCGACUGCGUGUGGCAGAUGACGCGGCAGUUUCCCACAGCCUUUGAAUUCAACGAGUGUUUUCUGAUUACCGUUCUGGACCACCUCUACAGCUGUUUGUUUGGGACAUUCCUAUGUAAUAGUGAGCAGCAGCGGGUGAAAGAGGGCAUUCCAAAAAAGACCGUGUCCCUGUGGUCCUAUAUAAACAACCAGCUUGAAGACUUCACCAAUCCUCUUUAUGUCAGCUAUACCAACCACGUCCUCUAUCCUGUGGCAAGUAUGCGACAUCUAGAGCUUUGGGUGGGUUACUACAUUCGCUGGAACCCGCGGAUGAAGCCACAGGAACCAGUGCACAACCGUUACAAGGAACUCUUGGUGAAACGGGCAGAGCUUCAGAAGAAAGUAGACGAACUCCAGCGAGAAAUCGCCAACCACUCCACUCCAUCUUCGGAGAGGGCCAGCUCCCCCGCUCAGUGCAUUACCCCAGUCCAGACUGUUGUAUAACGCAAUAACCUCUCCAGAACUAUACCAACAUCAUGAGGCAGCUUUUCUAGAAAAGGAGCCUUAAAAGAAAACUUCUGCACUUAAAAAGCAGGUAUUUUGGAGUCCAUUCGCUCUAUUUAUUAUGCUCCAUCUCUGCAGGACAUUUUAUUAGGACUAUAACUCUACAAGAAACAAAUGUUUUACUUUACUUUUUUAAAAUGCUUCUUAUAUAUUAUUAACCUUCUUGAGGGCUAAUUAUGAGGAAAGCAAUUGCAAGCAGAACAUUUGUAAAUGGAAUUUGAGUUGUUUUUCUGUUCUAAAUUGGAGAACACGAUGUACUCCUUUAACUGGAAGGAUGCAAACAUCAGACCCAAAUGCAAAGGGUGGCAGGAGGGGAACGGGCCGAUUCUGGUUGUGUGCAUUGGGUUCUUCCUGUACCCUUUGUGAAGGAGAUGCUGCUUAAAAACACUCAGAAGAAUCUGAAAAACACACAGCAUAGGAUCAAAGAGGUGCAUUGUAGAAAAGAGAAAAAUUCUGAUUUAUACACCAUUGGGAGUGUGGCUGUUGUUGAACAGAGGGCUUAUCUCAGGCAUGGGUAAACUUCAGCCCUCCAGGUGUUUUGGACUUCAACUCCUACAAUUCCUUCAAUUGUGGGAGUUGAAGUCCAAAACACUUGGAGGGCCAAAGUUUGCCCAUGCCUGAUUUAUCCUUUUAUUUUUCCCUAUAAGCAAGUAUAGGAAGUAUGUGGACCUCCAGUUAUUGUUACACUCCAGUUUUCAUCAGGCUUACAAAUAUAGCCAAUGGUAAAGGAUGGUGGCAUGCCACAAUAAGGAACAUCAACUGAUAGUUUUUCAAUCAGUGUAACAUGAAAAAAAAAUGUGUCCCAAACUCUUUGUUACUGUUACAAGAGCAGGGUAGUCAGCCUUCCACAUUUGCUGGGGUCAGGGCCUCUGUGAAAGUGAAAAAACACAAAUAAAAAAUCCUAUUUUUACAA